AUGGCUUCACCCCGCCCACCACUCGAGACGAGGAAGUCGCUUGUCCCGGGUGGAUUCGACACAGAUGAGGAGCUUUCUCCCAUCAAGACGACAUUGCAAGAAGAGGACAUUGCACAGUCCACGGAAAACAAGGCCAAAACAUCCAGCAAUACGGGUCAAGCAACAAGCGGUACACCAAAUCAGGAUGAUUCGUCCUUCAUUGGUGGUGAUAAUGACACCUUCUUGCAAGAGAAGGAAAUGCGACAGAAAUUAGAGGACUUCGACUCAACUUUCCUUCAAGAUGUCUCACCAGUCGCACCAGUGCGAGGACCCACAGCUGGUGAUUUAUCUACAAUAUCUGAAGAAUCUGCGCCAAGUGAAGCUACUACGACCAUUGUCAAGCAUUCCAAGCCUGAUCAAUCUGCUGAUCCUGAGGAAUUUAGAGCACCUUCUCCGCCUAGCCCGAGCAUGUAUCACACACCGGCGCCUGGCCCUGCUCAACAACCAUCAUCUGAGCCCCAACACUUGCAGGACGACCAAUCUCAUCCAAACACUUCAUCAUUAGAAACACUAUCAUCGUCACCCACGGCGGCGGCGGCAGCAAGAACUAUCUCCAGGGCUGUUUCAAGCGCUUCGACCAAUGCUGAAACUCUUGACGAAAGUCGAGGCGGCAUACCACUUGACCAGCAUGGAACACCGAGAAAAUACUAUGACGAAUCUACAGCGCCUCAAUUUGAUUCUCCUACACCAACAAAAGCAGAGAGCACAUCACGAAGGGCUAGAGGCAGUGUCGAAGAAGUUGAGAGUCCUUCCCACAGAAGAAUGCGGCCCCCCUUCCUGAACAGUCGAAUGAAUAGCACAAGGUCGUCAUAUUCGUCUCAAGUCACCGAGGCCAGUGAUGCAACACUUGAAGCAGAUUACGCGUUACAGUCUGGGGGCGCCAUGCCAGAAUACAGUAGAAUCAGCUCUCGACCUACAGAGUACUCAAGAUCGAUAAGUCUAGGUAGCAUGGCUUCUGGGAUCUCGGCAAUCAGUGGUGAAGAUGACAGGAUCAAAGCUAAAGAAGGACGGCUCUCUGCGCUUGAAGAGAAUGCAGAUGAAUCAGACCCCAGGACUCCUGUCACCCUGGGGCGCAAAACCUCAAACCCUACCGACACAGUCAUCAAUCGGCAUGUCGAUGACGUUAGGGUACCUGAGACGCUUGCACGUGAAUAUAGAAAUAGACAACGCUCUCAAUCACCUGUGAAGCGGGCGGGUCCAACACCUGCAGGUCGUAACUCGAAUAACAUGACAUUAAAGGAGCAGAGCACUACUAUUGAUCGCCUGAUGAAGGAGAAUUGGAAUCUCAAGCUCAAAAUUACCUUUCUUGAUGAGGCCUUGAAUCGCAAGUCUGAUGACAGUGUCAAAGCAAUGAUUUCAGAGAACGUGGACUUGCGGACAGCAAAGUUCCAAUCAGCAAAAGAUACUCGAGAGCUCAAACGCUCGAUUCGUGAUCUUGAGCGCAAGCUAAAGGAGAAGUCUGAUGAGCUUUCAGAAAAGACGAAGUCUUCUGUACCCGACAUUCCCGAGUUGAGACCGGAUGAAGAAGCCUUCACAGAAUUGGAGGAAGAAGUCACGUAUUUACGAGAACGAGUAACGAAUCAUGAUGUAGAGAUAGAAAAAGCAAGGUAUGAGUCUUUUGUACAGGAGACCGAAAAGAAGAAACUCGCAGAGGUGGUACGACAGCUGAGCUCGACAAAGCAAAGUAGUGACAUUGGCGUGCGCGAAGAAGUCGACUUGUGGAAAGACUUGUUAGAUGCAGAGACAGCGCGGCGUGAGCAAGCUGAUGAGACUAACCGACGGCUUCAGGAAGAGAUCAGACGACUCAAGGCUGAUGGGUCUUCAAGUACGACGAAUAAUUUCGUGGCGAAUGCCUUCAAUGCGAAGAGGAAACAAAAGCAAUCUUCUGUAUUGUCAUAUACAAACAGCUCCGAUCGUGGCUUUGAGCAGAAUGGUCCAUCGACUGCAGUCAGCAGCACCCUCGUGGAUCAGCUUCGCCUUGAAAAUGCGGAGCUUCGCCGUGAGGUUGGCGCCCAGACAUCGAUGCUUACAUCGCGCAAUAGAGAACGAGAGCGCCUCCAGCAGGAGAUCGAGGACUUGAAGCUUGGUGCUCGCCGAGGCGAUGGCACGCGUUCAAUUGCUGGCGAAAGUAUUUUCGAACGCUCUGCAUCACGCGCACAUGGACGACCUGGCUCUAGGGCAAGUGAUCAGACGAGAAUGACUCCUGUAAGCGACUCCGAGCGCGAAGCACUGGAGCUUACGAACGGUCAUUUACGCGAUCAAAAUGCAAAACUUAGACUUGAGAUACAGUCUUUGGCCGGACAAGCCGACCAAUUGUUGGACGAGCUUGAGCAUUUUGACGUACUCAAGGUUGACCAUGAGAAAUUACAACAAUUGUAUGACAAUGAUAUCUCUCUAGCCACCGAAGACCUGCAGAACCUUCAAACUGAGAGAGAUGAUGUGUUAAGAGCUCAUGACGAUAUGGAAGCUGAAUUGCACGAUGUGAAAGCCGAAGGCAGCGAAAAGAUUGCAGCCCUAGAGGAAGAACUCGAACAACGUGGUAAAGACAUCGAGCAUCUGCAGAAUGAGCUCUCUGAUCGUGCCGAAGACGCAGAGGCCCUCCGUCAAGAGGUGCGGACACUGAGCGAAAGCAUGCUCCGCAUCGAGGAGGACGUGGACAGCAAGAAAAAGAGGAUCCGCGAGCUGGAGCUUGAGGUUGAUGAGCUCGGCCAUGAAGCAGAUGCUAUGGAUAAAGAUCUUCGCGAAGGGAGGGACAAGAAUACCAAGCUCUCUGUCCAACAUGAAUCUGCCCAGAGCGAAGUUGCAUUCCUUCGCGAGGAACAAGAGGGUGACAAAAUCAAGAUCGGUGAUCUCGAAGACGCCUUGAACAACCUGCAGGCCAGUCUUGCUAGUGAGAGGGAUAAAGCUAAUGAUCUUGAGGUCAGCAUAGCCGAUGAAAGGCAUCAGAGGGAGAUUAUCGAUAGUAAAGAGAAACAGGAAGUUCAAAAAGUAAUGAACGACCUCAACCGAGAAUUGUCUUCCUCCAAGGAUGAGUCAAGGAAAGUCAGGAAAAACCUCGACACAAGGACAAACGAAGCUACGUCUCUCAAGGAACGGCUGAACGAGCUUGAAACUCAUCUGAAAGCAAUCUUGGGCGAGCCUAACGGGACUCGCACUUCGUUGAUGGCGUCAGUGACGAAAAUGCAGAAAGAAUUGCAGACUACCCUUUCAGAACUCGAGACUGUCCAGCGCGAUCUGUCCGAGAAAGAUCGCCUCGUCAGAAAUCGCGAUGCACUGCUGGAAAGCCAUGGCCUCGAAACCAAGAAGCUUGCUGACCUUCUCGAGCGAGAAAGGCAGGGUCGCCGUGCUGACAAGACCCAACACGACCAGUGGCAGCGCACACAUCAACAGACUACACGCACAGUCUCACAGAAAGAUGUUCACAUCACAGAGCUCGAGAGGUCACGUGCGACAGACAGGAAGCGAGCUGCUUCCCUCGAAUCUCAUUAUAAAGACGUCGUCUUGGACCGCCACACUCUGCUCAUCAACCUCUGGAACCGCAUCUCUACCGUUUGUGGUUCAGACUGGCAGCACCAACAUUCUCUCAUCAACAAUCAUCUCCCAACCGUCGAAUCAAUUAGUAACAAAGAUAUGUAUGGCCCUUUCAGCAAGAAUCUUCUCGGCGCCAUUUCCGCCAUCGAAAACAACAUCAUCGGCUUCCAAUCUCGCAUCAAAGUCACGGAACGCAAUCUUUGGUCUGAAUAUGAGUCACUCGAGCAUACCCUUGACGCUCGCAUCAAGAAGCUCGACAAGCUAGAAAUGACCGUGCAAUCACACCGCGUCUCCGGCGCCUUCACGGCCGCCCCAGAAAUCGCUAAGCUUCGUGGCGAAAACCGCCUUCUGAAAUCAGACCUCGCCGCUUUGCAGAAAGAAGCUAAGAUCCGUGGUUCUCCGAAGAACGCAACACACACCUUCCAUCCAACAGCUUCUGUAGACGUCUUACAAGAAGGCGGCAAAGACAUCGCCGCACCACCUCCCACACUAGCGCGCCAUCACUCCUCCUCGGCCGUCGAACACCUCGCCCAUGCGACUGGUGGUCCGCACUCCCCACUUUCACCGUCUCGUCGCUCGUCAUCGAGACAGCAGGUAGCCUUGAAUCAGGAGCCUAUCACCACUGGAAGUAAAGCCCCUGAGGGCCAGGCUGUGCCAGAACCGAAUCAGGCGAGAUGGAUCCAUCGGCUGAGGGAGUUGGAGAGGAGAUUGAAGGCUGAGCGAGAGGCGAGGCUGCUGGAUCGUAGUGGGGCGAGGAAGAGACUUGAGGAAGGGGCAGAGGAGAAUCGGAGGUUGAAGGGCGAGUUGGACAGGGAGAAAGUGAGGAGGGGGGGUGAGCCUGGCGGUGGGUGA